AUGGCAGACCUAACUCUUCAUUUGGCUCAGCUUCCUCGAAGACCCGCUAGCGAAGACACUUUCACCAGAGAUCUUCUUAGUGCAAUACAUCCCAACAAUCCUUACGCAAAAGAUCGAGAUCUUAAACUACCGCACUUAGAACUAGCUUUGUUACCGAAGGACAACCGCAGAGUCUCUGAUGCAGACUGUCAAUCACAGGAUGCUCUACAAAUCUAUUCUGCAGCCAAGGCAGAGGUUUUGAACAAAACUUCAAAAGAUAGCUCUGGCGUCCAACUUGUGUUUGAAGCACUUUUUAAGCAACUGGACCAUGUAUAUCACGCAGAAAGUGCACAGGAAUUUACCAUUGGCAAGUUGCGAAAGAUGUGUCGCGAAAUAGAGCAUAAUCAGGAAAUGAGCUCGAGUUUAACUCCUCAAGAAUUGAACGUUGUAAGGCGAAGGCUUCGACAUGUGGAACCCCGGAUUUGUAUGAAGAGUAAAACACACUUAUCGCUUCUAGACGAACGGUUCAAGAUAGUAUGUUUGUCCAGAGCAACGUGUGAUAAUCACACCUCUAUGGCAUUCCUUACAUUUUUGAAUCAUGAAGCUGCUAGAGAAUUUGUGAGCUGUUUCGAUCGAAAGUUGGUCAUGGGUGGCCGUAAGAUAAAGAUUUCCUUUGCUGCUCAGGAGUCGUUGGUUGGCGGGUAUUUGCAUAGCGGCAAGCGAGGUGUUGAUGCGCUUUUGUCAAAAAAGAUCCAAAAGAAGUCAGGACCAAAUCCGGAAGCUGACGCAGACAAACGAUUGAAACGCCAAAUGAGAAGACUGAGACACAAACUGAAGCACAAGGGCCUGGAAGAAUCUGCCAUUCACGACAUCGUUCACAAAGCUGUUCAGGAUCGCAUAGCGUCCUCUACAAUUUCAACGUCAAAACAGUCUAAAACGAAGACCAAGUCACCAGAACCACACGAUAAUAAAAACAAGAAAACUGCCACAGAAGUUUCAAUGAACCCACCGAAUAAAGUUCUUCUGGUACAAAACCUUCCCUCGGGCGUUCAAUCAGACGACAUCUCCUCCAUCUUCGCCGCUGACGGUUUUAUAGAGGUAAGACUUGUCAGCGUGCGAAACUUGGCAUUUGUCGAGUACGCAACUAUAUCGCAUGCUUCCAACGUGGUAAGUAAGCUCGGCCCAUUGUACGAGUGGGGCGGUUCCAAAAUCUCCAUUGGAUUCGCAAAGUAG